UGCAGUGCUAGCAGAAAAUGAAGAGGAGGCAGACCUGAUCUCUUCUGUGGAGUCUAUUCCUCACAUAUCCCUGCACGUAUGUGUGUUGAAUGUGUGAAAUCAGUGUGGAGACACUCAGUGGUAUGACUGGACUCCAGAGAGCGCGCUUUGAUGAAGUAGUGCGCUGACUGUGGGAAACGUCGCACCGGCCGCCAGUAGACUGUGGGAGAAGCUGAGCGGUCCUGCCCCCUUCAAUGACCAACCUUCAGUGCUAGCGAUAAAAGCCUCGCUGGCGACACAGUAACCAUGGAAGACUACCAUGAGUAUCCUUAAGUAUUGUUACUGCUGAGCUCUUGGCCCCUAGUGUUACGGUUUCAAUAUGCCCGACCGGCAGUGCUCCAUGAGGCUCGCAGUUGCCUGAUAUUAACGUUAUAGGCCUGCUUUUUCCAUCUGGAAAGUUCUUGGCAGGGGAAAGCAGGCCAGCUAGCGCCGCUAGCGUUAGCCUUUUCCGCGCUGCGGCUCUGGGCUUUUCCAGUGCGGGGUUUUCCAUGACCACACCAUUGACAUUGUUGUCUAUCAAUUCGAGGACGUUUUAACUCCAAGAAGUAUUUUAUGGGAUUCAUAUCGGCGAAGGAGAAGUGGGCCUAAGCCAAAAUGGUGAACUGGAGGCGACUGCUGCGAAUGUCCAACCGAUCGUUUCUGGCCUUCAUAUUCUUCUUCUCCAUGUCCACCACUUGUCUCUACUUCAUUUAUGUGGCUCCUGGAAUAGCCAACACAUACUUCUUCAUGGUGCAGGCUCAGGGCAUCAUGUUGAGAGACAACGUCAGAACCAUCGGCCAGAUGAUCCGACUGUACACCAACAAGAACAGUACACUCAACGGGACAGACUAUCCUGAUGGCAGUAACUCCAGUGAAUACCUGGUCCAGCCAACUACAUAUCUUCCAGAGAACUUCACCUAUGCCCAGAACCUGCCCUGCCCAGAGCGAUUACCUUCUAUGAAGGGCCUUAUGGAAGUGAACAUGACAGAAAUCCCCAUGGAGGAGAUUGAACUGAAGUUCUCCAAGUUCUUUGACAUUGAGUUUGGAGGCCAUUGGAAACCAAAGGACUGCAGACCUCGCUGGAAGGUAGCCAUCCUGAUUCCUUUUAGAAACCGCCAUGAACAUCUCCCCAUCCUCUUCCAACACCUCAUCCCCAUGCUGCAGAGACAACGGCUGCAGUUCGCCUUCUACGUCAUUGAACAGAGUGGGAGUCAGCCCUUUAACAGAGCCAUGCUGUUUAACGUGGGGUUCAUGGAGGCCAUGAAGGACCUGGACUGGGACUGCUUGAUCUUCCACGACGUGGACCACAUCCCUGAGAAUGACCGAAACUACUAUGGCUGCGGUCAGAUGCCACGCCACUUCGCCGCCAAGCUUGACAAAUACAUGUACAUUCUUCCAUACAGUGAAUUCUUUGGCGGUGUAAGUGGACUCACUGUGGAGCAGUUCCGCAAGAUCAAUGGCUUUCCCAAUGCAUUCUGGGGCUGGGGAGGAGAGGACGAUGACUUGUGGAACAGAGUUCAUUACGCUGGUCUGAAUGUGACACGGCCAGAGGGAGAGAUUGGCAAGUACAAGUCAAUUCCUCACCACCACAGAGGAGAGGUGCAGUUCCUCGGGAGGUAUAAACUGCUGAGGUAUUCCAAAGAGCGGCAACACCUGGAUGGCCUCAACAACCUCCACUACAGCCCCCACGUCUCCCUCAGCAGCCUCUACAAGAACAUCACGGUGGACCUGUACCCUGAGCUCGCCCCCAUCACAGACUACUGAAGCCCCAUCCCACCCUCCUCCACACCCCUAGCUCACCCAGCUCCCCUCUGGCCUGGCCUAGCGCCCCUCUCAGCUCUCCAGAGGCCUAGUGGUGGGGCGACAGAGAGGAGGGGGGCCCAGGCGGGGAGGGGUGAAGAGGAGCACCAUGUAAUGCUGCCAAGAAAACCUAGAGGAAAAAAUUAAACCGAAAAAAAGAGGCAGUGGCAAGUCUCUCAAACUGUUGAUAGUGUGUGUGUGUGUGUGUGUGUGUGUGUGUGUGCGUGCGUGUGUGUGCGC